AUGAAUGUACUUAAAAGAUUGAAUAAUAUAGCUUAUCAUUCGUUUCGACGAAGCCUUUGCACCACCCGAACAUGCCGGAGCACAUACGAAAGUGAUGGUAAAACUUCGGUAACAAUCCUUAAUAAAGAGGUGGAUGCCGGGUUGAUGAUUAAUUCUUACAGCCAGUUUGGAUUUCGGUUAAACAACGACAUGGUAGUUCUUGGACCGAUGGCCAUCUUCUCUCGAACUGUUCUAUCGUGGAACGUCGAGAGCCACGAGGACAUAAACGACCAGUCCUUGAGUUUAUUCUGUGCUAUUGAGCCAAAAAUUGACGUACUGGUGGUAGGCAUCGGAGACCACAUAAUCACACCUGGCUUCUCGAAAAAAAUUAUCGACUUUAUGAAACGAUACAAAAUCAACGUAGAAGUUCUUGGAACUGAACAGGCCUGCUCGACGUUUAAUUUCCUCAACGCUGAAAAUCGUGUCGUUGCAGCCGCAAUGAUUCCCCCGAUUACGAUGCGAUUAAACGAAGAUGAUCUCAUGCAAAAACAGAUAUCGAUCAGUAAAUCAUUUGAAGUAGCCGAUAAAUAG